UAUAAAGAGUUCUCCUUCCCCCUUCUUAUUUGUAAUGCAUUUUUUAGGGUUUCGCUCGUCCCUUUCUUCUUGGACGCUCGCUCCUCCCACCACCAACACCACCACCGCCACAUUAAAACCCUAACAUUAGGCCAUGGAUCCCGACCCCCCCGAGGGCCUCGACGGGGCCUCCGGCGGCGCCUUCCACCCCAACGAGGCGAUCUCCGCCGUCCAGGACGAGGACCAGUUCUACGGGGAGGACGACGACUACGACGACCUCUACAACGACGUCAAUGUCGGCGACGGGUUCCUUCACUCUGUGGCCCGUAGCGGCGGCGGCGGGGGCGCGGGGGGGUUCCCGGGGGAAGAGCCGGCGUGCCGUCCCCACGCGGCGGCGGCCCCCCCGCCUCCGACCGCGCCGGAGAAGGUCCAGGUCCAGAUCCCGGGGAUCGCCGGGGUUCCGAAGAUCGAGAGGCCCUCCGCCGAUAGAUCCGUCGGUUUCCCCGAUCAAGGUCUCAGGGGAGGCGUCGCCGCCGAAGCAGCGGCGGCUGUGGGGGAUGGAGGAGGAGGAGGAGGUCGCGGUGGGACGACGACGCUGUUCGUUGGGGAGCUCCAUUGGUGGACCACGGACGCGGAUCUGGAGGCGGAGCUGAGCAAGUACGGGCCGGUGAAGGAGGUGAGGUUCUUCGACGAGAAGGCGAGCGGCAAGUCCAAGGGCUACUGCCAGGUCGACUUCUUCGACCCCGCGGCGGCCACCGCCUGCAAGGAGGGGAUGAACGGCCACCCCUUCCACGGCCGCCCCUGCGUCGUCGCCUACGCCUCCCCCUUCACCGUCCGCAAGAUGGGCGAGGCUCAGGUAAAGAACCACCACUCCACAAUUGGCGCCGCCACGGCGACCCAGGCUCCGGCCCAAGCCCCGAAGGGCCGGGCGCCUCCGGUCGCUGGGAAUUUCGGCCGGGGUGGGGGCGGGAACCCUGGAGCCGCUGUCGCUGCUGCCGGGGGCGGCGGCAGCGGGAAUUGGGGAAGGGGCGGGAUGGGGAACCGAGGGAUGAUGGGGAAUAUGCGGAAUCGGUUCGGGCCGAUGGGCGGAAGAGGGAUUAUGGGAAAUGGUGGGAUGGUUGCGCCGCCGCCGCAGCCCCCGUUGCUGCAUCCGGGUGCCAUGAUGGGUCCAGGUUUCGGGUAUGGUGGCGGGUUUCCGGCGGGCCAUGCUUCCGCUCCGUUUCCGGGGCUGAUGCCUUCGUUCCCUCCCGUUGUGGCUCCUCAUGUUAACCCGGCUUUCUUCGGAAGAGGAGGAAUGGCGGCGGCUGUGGCUGGCGGGGGCGGUGUCGGUAUCGGUAUGUGGCCGGAUCAAAGCAUGGGUGGCGGGUGGGGCGGCGAGGAGCAGUCGAGUUACGGGGACGAUGCGGCUUCGGACCAACAGUACGGAGAAGGGAAUUACGGCAAGGAUCGGAGGCAUGAGAGGGAGAGGGAGAAGGAUGCGAUGGAGGACCGACCGGAGCGGAAGUAUCGUGAUGAUAGAGAGAUGGGUCGGGAGAGGGAGAGAGAAAGAGAAAGAGAAAGGGAUAGAGAGAGGGACAGGGAGAGGGAAAGGGAGAAGGAGAGAGAAAGGGACAGGUAUCGAGACGAGAGAGACAGACAUGGAGAUCAUUACAGGCACAGGGAACGCGAGUCAGAGCGUGACGAUGAUUGGGAUAGAGGAAGAUCGUCUAUCGCAAGGAGCAAGUCGCGGGAAGUCGAGCACUCGAAGCGAAGGCGUCUCUCGCCCGAGUGAAUGUCUACGUGGAAGGAAAAGAGAGUGAGAAUUUGGCAGGUGUCCUUGUUUCUGUUUUCUAUGUAGUCUGGUAGCAACUUUAGUUUACUUCGUGUUCUAGGAGAUAUCUUACCAGCAGUGGAUGCAGGGGCCUUUCGUAGCAAUUGUUUGAGAUCUUACAUGCAGUUUGGAAUCAGGUCUACAAGUUCAAGUUCGGGUCCCCUCGACUAAGGUGUAAUUGCUGGCCCUUUUCAGAGUUUGGAAAGAUCAAGUGAAUAGCUCUAGUAGUGAAUGUAUUACGGUUCUAAGAACAAUACUAGUCAUUGUGUCUUUUAGCUACAAACCUUCUUGUUAUUGAUUGUAUUAUGCUACUCUCUCUUUUAUUCUGCGCUUGUUUUGUUAACUCUUGGAUGAUGAUGAUGAUGAUGAUGAUGAUGAUGAUGAUGAUGGUGCUGAUGGCGAACACGAGCCGGUUUCAGUGAACGAGAGUUCGGUUCUCCAUUCCGCUUUUUUAUUGUACCAUUUACUCUGUGUGUGUGUUUUUUUUUUUUCUGGAGAGGAUGGUUUAGAGAGACGGAGUCGAUACUGACUUAAGAGCCGGGUCGAACUUCAGCAUUCUUUUAUGAUUGUUUGUAUCUUGUAAUUUUCUUUCUUGUUUUCACAUUAAUUCUGCUGCUCUCUCUCUCUCUCUUUCCCUCCCUCUUUUCCCCUCUGUUGUUGUUGUUCUUGUUGUUUUAUUUUUUUUUCCCCCCCUUUUUGUGGGGAGAGGGAGAAUUUGCUUUUGUUCUGUAAAGUGUACAUAUGCAUAUCAGGUGAUGUAAUCAAGUUGGUAUGAUAAUGCAACUCUCAAACAGUUGAAAGAA